CCCCCCAACCCCCCCAGUUUACAACAGAGUCCCGGAGAGCCUCCUGCUGGAGUCCACAGGGCUCUGCAGCAGCCUGCCAGGCUGGAUAUCCCCGAGUCACUGAUAACCUCUGACCCCUAGCUGCUGUCCCCUCUGCCCCGCUCCAUCUGGGCCUGAAAUUAGACUUCUGCUCUAAUUGAUCACUGAUGGCAAACCCACCCUCAAGCCUCCAAGUGUUGAGUGACCUAAUGAGAGCCCCUUCCCCUCCCCCGUCCCCAACUUCCCUCCUCCAGCCCCAAGUACCUCUCCCCCAGAUGGGGGCUGAGGUGAUAUGUCCUCCACAGUCAUUAGGCCGUAGUCCUGAGUGGAUUACGGCCACAACCCUCUGGUAUGUUGGUGGUUUGGCCAGCAUGGGGCAGUGUGUGUCGUGUGUGUGUGUGUGUAUGAAUGCCAGCGCUCCACCAGUGCCCCCUGUGUCUGUCCACACCCCUGGUCCUUUUAUAAGAGCGCAAUUAGCCCCACUCAAAGUAAACACUCUUGUGCUCUGCUAAAGGCUGAUGGGCCAAUUGACCUUAAUUACUGUAUAGCCCCUGGCUCUCCCACACACUGUGGCCCCUCCCCUCUCUCUCAUAAUGAAAUGAAAGUGUCUCUGUCUUAUGUUAAAUGCUCUUCCCUGCUGUGUCUGGUGACCGCAUGCUCUGAGGGGCUACUCUGACAUGCUGGCUCCCCCCCCCUCCCCCAUGUUCUUUGAUGUUAUUAUUUCAAGUAGGGUGUGUAUUGAUUGUUACAAUCUUCUUUACUUCAGGGGUCUUAUGUUGAAAUCCAUGGCCUCCUAUUUGUUCAUCCUGAAGGAGGAGUUGCCAGCUGCCAUCACCAGCUUCCUCAGUCCGGACGCCUCAGAGGAGCUCUGGUACGAAGAUGGCAGGACGUUGCUGGUUCUGGUGACUGUGUUUGUGGUUCUGCCUCUCGCUCUGAUGCCCAAGAUCGGUUUCCUUGGCUACACCAGCAGCAUUGCGUUCAGCUUCAUGCUAUACUUUGCCAUCGUGGUUGUGAUCAAGAAAUGGUCCAUCCCCUGUCCCCUCCCGCACAACGCCACGAUAUAUCACCCAGACCACACUCAGUUCUCAAAUUCCUCUGACUCAGACUGUACGCCAAAACUGUUAGUCCUCUCCACAAAGAGUGCGUACGCUAUCCCCACCAUGGCCUUCUCCUUCCUCUGCCACACAGCCGUGCUGCCCAUCUACUGCGAGCUGGACCGGCCCAGUAAGAAGAGGAUGCAGAAUGUGACCAAUGUGAGCAUCUCUCUGAGCUUCCUGGUUUACCUAAUCUCCGCCCUCUUUGGCUACCUCACCUUCUACGGUCAGGUAGACUCUGAGCUGUUGCUAGGCUACGACGCGUACAUACCACGUGACGUCAUGGUGAUGACAGUUCGCCUGGCCAUCCUGCUAGCUGUACUCCUGACCGUGCCCCUCAUUCACUUCCCUGCCCGUAAGGCUGUGACCAUGACGCUGUGUGGGGACAGGCCCUUCUCCUGGGUCGCACAUGUCUUCAUCACCUUCCUGCUGCUGGGCAUCGUGCUUCUGCUUGCUGUCUUCGUCCCCGACAUCAGGAACAUGUUCGGGGUAGUGGGCUCCACCACCUCCACCUGCCUCCUGUUCAUCUACCCCGGCAUGUUCUACCUCCGCAUCAGCAACCAGCCUCUCACCUCCCUGGGGUCUGUUGGUGCUGUGGCUCUGCUGGUCUUUGGUCUGUUUGUGGGUGUCCUCAGCCUGAGUGUGAUCGUAGUCACCUGGACACAGAGCCCCUGAGCUGCCCUACUGUGGAAGGAUACCUGAAGGGAGACUGGAUGAACACAGGGAAACAGAGCAGGAGAUCAGAGACACUAGUCUACAUCUGUUGGUAACAGUGCCAAACAAUCAUGUAGGUGACACAAAUAAUGUUAUGAUUACUGACUUAUUUAUUACACUCAGUGAUGUGCAACGCAAGUCAUAUUCUCAUUGACUUUACAAACUUUCAAAACAAAUUCUGGUGAAAUUGUUUUGUUUCUGAUUAUUCUCUGGCACACUGGUCAGACUCAUGGAUGUUAUCUUGAGUAAAAUCAUUCGAUGUUCACUAAUAAUUUGGUUUCAGUGCUAAAUACAAUCACCACACAUACCAUGCAUACAUGUAUGUGAGCUGAAAAAGUGAGAUUUUGAUUAAAGAUGUGUUAUGUCAUGUUGUGCUUGAUGUUUAUGCUCCAUCCAUGUGAUUGUCUGCCUGUGAUGGAAGGCACUGUACAGUAGUAUAGAGGAAUUAUACACCUCAAGAUCUUUAUAAAGAUUCAU